AUGAUGGAAGAACAAACAAUGACCUCAAUUCGAAAUUCUUCAACUCCAAAAUGGUUGAGAUUGAUUGCAACAAUUUAUACUUAUUUAAUGAUUUUCCUUUCAAUAAUUUUUGGAUUGAUUACUCAAAUUUCACUUUGGAUACUUUUAUUCCCUUACCUCCUUUAUAAUGAAAAAUUCAAGAUAAUAAUAAUGGGUCAAGUCUUUAGAUUUUGGAAUGCUCUUCUGGUUAUCUGGACAAAUCCUUUCUGGUCAGUUAAAGUGACUAAAAAGCCAAGAAAAAAUUACACUCCAAGUAACACCCUUUUAAUGACUAAUCACCUCUCAACAGCGGAUCCUUGGAUAGUUUCUUCAAGCCAUUUUCCCUGGGAAUUCAAAUAUGUCUACAAAGCUGACUUGCUUAAAGUUCCCAUUAUCAAUUGGUCUAUAUCACUAAGUUAUGAUAUUCCAAUUUAUUUCACUAAGGAAAAGGGUGGAUGGGGAGUUAAGAGCGGAACAAUUAAACCCAUGUUUAAUAGAUGUGCUGAACUUCAAAAAUUGGGAAUUGGCCAAGUUAUUUAUCCUGAAGGAACUAGAUCUAGACUUAGAAGAUUACAACCGUUCAAAGACGGUUUCUUUAAAUUCGCAAUUGAAAACGAGUGUGAAAUUCUUCCUGUUGUCUCCCAUAACAACUGGUCUCUUUGGCCUUUAGGAGAAUCCCUCCUUGAUUUAGGUACUGCUUACGUUGCAUAUGGAGAACCCAUUCAAGUCACCAAAGACAUGGAUCUUGAACAACUUAAGCUGAAGGUUCAAUCAGCAAUGAUGGAACUUUUUAAAUACUGCCCUACACACAAUCCAGAACUUGAACAACCACUAUCUGCUUCUUCUUCUACUCGUGGACAUGGGAUUACUGGAUCAAACUGA